CAACUGUAUCUAUCUCCUCUCUUCUUUUUAUUCUUCUCCCUCUUCACAUUAAGUGUGGACUCGCUCCCUCACUCACUCGCUCACUCGCUCAUUCACUCGCGUCUCUAACUCAGUGCUCUUCUUUACCCUUGCCUCCAUGGAUCCUACUCGAGCUUUUGUCAAGAGUGUCAGGCGUGUUGUCGUCAAGGUUGGAACAGCUGUGGUUACUCGAAGUGAUGGAAGAUUAGCGUUGGGAAGACUUGGAGCUCUCUGCGAGCAGCUUAAAGAACUAAAUACUAAGGGAUAUGAGGUUAUAUUGGUGACUUCAGGCGCAGUUGGUCUUGGCCGGCAAAGACUAAGAUACCGCAGAUUGGCCAAUAGCAGCUUUUCGGAUCUUCAAAAGCCACAAGGCGAAUUUGAUGGCAAAGCAUGUGCAGCCGUUGGGCAGAGUAGUCUCAUGGCUCUCUAUGAUAUCAUGUUUAGUCAGCUUGAUGUGACUUCAUCCCAACUUCUUGUGAAUGAUGGGUUUUUUAGGGAUACAGCUUUCAGAAAACAACUGUCGGACACUGUGAACUCUUUAUUAGAUUUAAGGGUUAUCCCCAUUUUCAAUGAAAAUGAUGCUGUUAGUACUAGGAAGGCACCAUAUGAGCACUGUCUGCAGGAUUCUUCUGGUAUCUUCUGGGAUAAUGACAGUUUGGCUGGUCUAUUGGCUCUGGAACUUAAAGCAGACCUUCUUGUUUUGUUGAGUGAUGUUGAGGGCCUAUAUAGUGGCCCUCCGUCGGACCCAAAAUCAAGGCUAAUUCACACAUAUGUGAAAGAAAAACAUCAAAAAGAAAUUACUUUUGGAGACAAGUCAAGAUUGGGAAGAGGGGGCAUGACUGCUAAAGUUAAUGCUGCUGUUUGUGCUGCUUAUGCUGGCACACCUGUGAUCAUUACUAGUGGCUAUGCUACAGACAACAUCAUACGAGUGCUUCAAGGAGAAAGAAUUGGUACUGUCUUUCACAAAGAUGCUAAUUUAUGGGCCAACAUAAAGGAAGUGAGUGCACAUGAACUGGCAGUUGCAGCACGUGAUAGUUCUAGACGACUUCAGGUCCUAAAUUCUGAAGAAAGGAGGAAAAUAUUGCUGGAAGUGGCUGAUGCAUUGGAGAAAAAUGAAAACAUGAUAAGGCUUGAGAAUGGAGCUGAUGUUGCUGAUGCAGAGGAGGCUGGAUAUGAGAAAUCACUGAUAUCACGUUUAACCCUGAAACCUGAGAAGAUCUCUAGUCUUGCAAAGUCUGUUCGCAUGCUGGCGGACAUGGAAGAACCCAUUGGUCAGAUUUUAAAGAGAACUGAGCUAGCAGAUAAACUCAUCCUGGAGAAAAUAUCAUGUCCUUUGGGUGUCCUCCUGGUUAUAUUUGAGUCUCGACCUGAUGCUCUUGUUCAGAUAGCUGCAUUGGCAAUUCGAAGUGGAAAUGGUUUACUACUUAAAGGAGGAAAGGAAGCCAAACGAUCAAACGCAGUCUUACACAAGGUGAUUACUGCAGUUAUUCCAGAUACAGUUGGUGACAAACUUAUUGGGCUUGUGACUUCAAGAGAAGAAAUUCCAGAUUUGCUCAAGCUUGAUGAUGUAAUAGAUCUUGUGGUCCCCAGAGGCAGUAAUAAGCUUGUUUCUCAAAUCAAGGAUUCAACAAAGAUUCCUGUUCUUGGUCAUGCUGAUGGAAUAUGUCAUGUAUAUGUUGACAAAUCAGCUAAUAUGGAUAUGGCAAAGCAGAUUGUUAGGGAUGCAAAGAUUGAUUAUCCUGCAGCCUGCAAUGCAAUGGAAACCCUUCUUGUACACAAGGAUCUGUCAAGAAAUGGAGGACUUGAUGAACUUGUUGCUGAACUCCAAGAAGAAGGUGUUAAACUGUAUGGUGGACCAAGAACCAGUGCCUUAUUAAACAUUGCUGAAACAAGCUCUUUCCAUCAUGAGUAUAGCUCACUGGCUUGUACGGUUGAAAUUGUAGAUGAUGUUUUUGCUGCCAUUGACCACAUACAUCAACAUGGAAGUGCUCAUACUGAAUGCGUUGUUACAGAAGACUCUGAAGUUGCUGAGGCUUUCUUAAGUCAAGUUGACAGUGCUGCUGUAUUCCUCAAUGCAAGUACAAGGUUUUGUGAUGGAGCACGCUUUGGCCUUGGUGCAGAGGUUGGAAUAAGCACAAGCCGAAUUCAUGCCAGAGGUCCCGUAGGAGUUGAGGGGUUAUUAACGAAUAGAUGGAUAUUGAGAGGGAGUGGGCAGGUGGUAGAUGGGGAUCGAGGGGUCACUUAUACUUUCAAGGAAAUGGCAAUAAAGCCAUGACUAUGCAGCCAGGGAUUAGUUUAAGUUUACUAUGGAUAAUUGUGGUUCACCUCAUCAGACCAGCAGCUUUUUUCUGUUCUAUUUUUCUUAUACAGAAACUGCUGUGAUGCUGGCACUGUAUAAUCUUAACUGCCAUUUACCCCUUUCCAGAUUUUUUUUUCUUACCUGGAGCAUGUUCAGGGGGAAGAAAAUAACUCUAUUAAUUAUAUUAUUUAGCUAUGUACUUCGUUGUUCUUUAAUAAAGUACUGUUUAAGACAGUGAAAAAUAGAAAUAUAUAUUGACUCUUGUCA